UUGGAAUGCGAGGGACGCUCCCGCAUCUCCUGCACACCUCCAACUGCGUGCAGGAGGAGGGCCCCAAGCUACUUUCUCCACCUCCUCACACUGCUCCCUGCAAGCCAGAAGGAGGCUGCUGAGAGUCCCUAUCACUCCUGGCCGCCUUUUUAUGUUGUCUGCAGGGGGAAAGAAGGCGAGGGACAACUUGGUGCUGGGAACUGACCUCUGGCCUGGCGGGCUUCUGGGAGGGGAGAGCAGAAGAGGAGUGACUGGGGCUGGGGGACUCCAUGCGGGGGCCAUGGACAGAGCGGCGCUCCUGGGACUGUCCCGCCUUUGCGCGCUGUGGGCAGCCCUGCUCGCGCUGUUCCCAUGCGGAGCCCAAGGAAACUGGAUGUGGUUGGGCAUCGCCUCCUUUGGGGUUCCGGAGAAACUGGGCUGCGCCAACUUGCCGCUGAACAGCCGCCAGAAGGAGCUGUGCAAGAGGAAACCGUACCUGCUGCCGAGCAUCCGAGAGGGCGCCCGGCUGGGCAUUCAGGAGUGCAGGAACCAGUUCAGACACGAGAGGUGGAACUGCCGGGUUGCCGCCACCGCCCCGCCGGGCACCAGCCCCAUCUUUGGCUAUGAGCUGACCAGCGGCACCAAGGAAACAGCAUUUAUUUAUGCUGUGAUGGCUGCAGGCCUGGUGCAUUCUGUGACCAGGUCAUGCAGUGCAGGCAACAUGACGGAGUGUUCCUGUGAUACCACCUUGCAGAACGGCGGCUCAGCCAGUGAAGGCUGGCACUGGGGGGGCUGCUCUGAUGAUGUGCAAUAUGGCAUGUGGUUCAGCAGAAAGUUCCUAGAUGUCCCCAACAAAAACACCACGGGAAAAGAAAGCAAAAUACUGUUAGCAAUGAACCUACAUAACAAUGAAGCUGGAAGGCAGGCUGUCGCCAAGUUGAUGUCAGUAGACUGCCGCUGCCACGGAGUUUCCGGUUCCUGUGCUGUGAAAACAUGCUGGAAAACCAUGUCUUCUUUUGAAAAGAUUGGCCAUUUGUUGAAGGAUAAAUAUGAAAACAGUGUGCAAAUCUCAGACAAAAUAAAGAGGAAAAUGCGCAGGAGAGAAAAAGAUCAGAGGAAAAUACCCAUCCACAAGGAGGAUCUGCUCUACAUUAAUAAGUCUCCCAAUUACUGUGUAGAGGAUAAGAAACUAGGGAUCCCAGGGACACAAGGCAGAGAAUGCAACCGUACGUCGGAGGGUGCAGAUGGCUGCAACCUCCUCUGCUGUGGCCGAGGCUACAACACCCACGUGGUCAGGCAUGUGGAGAGGUGUGAGUGCAAGUUUAUCUGGUGUUGCUAUGUCCGCUGCAGGAGGUGUGAAAGCAUGACUGACGUCCACACUUGCAAGUAACCACUGCAUCCAGCCUUGGGCAACACUCCUUGGUGACAUACAGCGGGGUUGCCAUCCAGAGGAUGCCUCUCCUGUGCACUCCUGUGUCGGAAUUCUCCAAUCCUUGGGCCACUCUCAGAGUUCUGUUUACCUGGUCGAUGUCCAGUCACACACUGAGCAUGUGGAUUUCUUGGGAUUCUAAAGUUGAAAAGAUCUGGGUUCAUCUUUUGGUGGUUUGGAGAAAAUAUAUUGACAUACAAGAAAGAUGAUUUGUCUUAGUUUAAGGAAGAAAGGAUAGGAAAGAGCCUUCAUGCCAGAAACCUGGUCCAUAGUCAGGAUAAGAGCCUUGAGUAUGGAGCUCAGCUAUGGAACUCAUGGGUGAAUAUAGUCAUUUUUAAAAGACACUUCUUAUAGCAGCAAGGAGCAGUAAACAUGAAUCUCAUUUAUUCUUUUAGCAUUUUAUAUGAAGAAAUCAUACUGUUAGUGCAUAGAAACAGAAGGUGUUGAAAAGGUAACGGAAGUGGUGGGUGCUUAUUUACCCUUUCAUGCAUUUCAAAAAAAGGCAAUUAAAAAGAAUCUUCUUAAGUGAUACGAUAUCCCUAAAAAUGUUUGUUAGAGAUCUUUGGUGACGAAAGGAAAGAAUCAAAAUGUAAAAAGUAAAACGUAUGAUUUAGAUUUUAAGUGGCUUUUAACUGUGAGAAUUUAUCUAGAAAAAAUAUCAGUAAGGUAUAUAGCAAUCUUUGAUCUUUGGCUUCGUACUUUAAUCAUAGACCAGUUUCUACUAUUAAAGGCCCAGCUCUGAAAUACUGGGUGAAGAAGGGAUCCUGGAAACGUGGGAAAAUUAGAGAUAAAAAUAUAAAGGGCUCUCAUACAUUGUAAGGAAAAGCACCCUUUAAAGGUGUAAAGACAGUAUUUUGUACAAUAUUUUGCUAAAAAAUUUUUAUAUUUUGUAAAUACAGUAUUUAAGUUAUAUGAUAUAUAUAAAAACUUAAGACAUUUAUUGCCAAAGCUCAAGAGCUAAGACAAUAAUUUUCUCAGAAAUAAUCUUAGCUUGUUUCUUUUCAUACUAUUAUCUCUUUUUUUAUACAUUGAAAAAGAAGUUAAUUGAGCAGUUAGUUAUAUGGAUGUGUAUUUCUCGCCAAAAUGACAGUUUUAUAUGUUAUAGAUUUAAAUAUGCUACAAAAUAUUGAGAACUGUGUUAUUUCAGCAGUCAGAUUAGUUGAAUUCUGUUUUUAAUUAGUUAUGUUUAACUUGUAAGGUUAUUAUAAUAAACUAUACAGUAAAAGUCUUAACUGGGAAAAAGAAUCUAAAUCAGAAUAAUGAUCAAUUUGUGGAUUUGAUAUCCUGGCUAUUUAUUGUAUUAUACGUAAUGCUGCAUUUCCAUGUGAAUGUUGAAUGGUCUCUCUUGCUUUAGUAUUCAUGCAUGUAUCUUCAUCAUAUUUUACAAAGUUCCUGGUGAAAAUUACAAGGCUAUAUUUAAGGUUGUAUUUUAAUGUAAAUGCUUAUGUUUUUUAUGAAUUGUUAAAUAUUUCAGUAUUACAUAGAAAAAAUAGAUUUUCUAAGUUCAGAAUGGACAAAGAAAGAAUAUCCUUUUUCUUAUAAGAAGCUAAAGAAAUGUUCCCCUGACCACCAGGUCUCAUUUUAUUUCCUUUCAAUUUUAUUUACGAAGGUAGAGUGAUAAUUUGUGAAAAAGAGCAAACCCGUGGAAAAUGUCUCCGGCCUAAUACUAAAAUUAAAGCUGAACAUUUACCCGUGAUCCUUAAAGUUUAAAAACAUUAUUAUUUACUGAAUGAGAGACUCAGAAAUGACAAAUGAACAAAUAUAGUACCUAUUUAAAAGAGUGGUUUACCUUUCUUUUGCAUCCACUGAUUAGAAUAACCUGAAAAAUAGACAUUUUAGUGGCUUUUUUUCCAGAGUAAAUCUAUUUUAUCUGCAUUGACAAUAAGCACUCUUUUUUAAAAGAUGUAGACUGUAGUUCCCACUAACGACGAGUUUCUUCUGUUAACCGGAAAACUUUUUAUAAUUACCUUACCAACCGAUUGUGAGAAUCAGACAGUCUCUAAUUCACAAAUACCCAAUUACUCUUCAGCCAUUGGUUAAAAACGUUGAUGCCAACUCAGGCUCUCCUCUGGCUUGCCUGAGCAGGAACUCCUAACUCCCAAGCUGUGUCUUUGGGUUCUUCUUCUCCUUCUCCUCUGUGGCAUCACCAUGGUAGCCAUCCUUGAAUUUCUCACCUACCUGUUUCACUGGCUGACAACCUGGCUUUAGCCCAUUUCCUUCCCACUCCCCAUCAUGGUAGAUGUAGCCCAUGGUGCUCCUGGGAAUACAAGUUCUGGAGCCCAAAUAUCCCUAUCCAGGCUAGGCUAUUUUGCCUGUGUUGUUUAGGGCUCUUUAUGUUGCAAAUAACAAAAAAUGCAAUCCAGGCUGACAAACUUUAAAGGAAAUGUAUUGACUCAAUACUUGAAAAGUCCAGAGUUGUGACUGGUUCAGGGGAAGCUUGAUCCAAAAGCUCACACUAUGUUCCCAGAGCUCAGGUCUCUCCAUAUCCAGCCUAAAGAGGUUGGCUUCUGUGGUGGUGUCUUCUGCUUCAGGCUCCACACGGCACUAUGCCACCACCUCCCCCCAAGCCCCCACCCCCAGCAGCUCCAGGCUCUCUGCUUUUCUUAGCAACAUGGCUGCCACCCUUCCCUACCAGACCUCACAUUCUCCUACCACACCUCACAUUCUCCUACCACUCAUUCUAAGGAAACAGAGAGGGGUACUGUUUUGAGUUGCUCACACAAGGGAGAGGGAAAAUUUUUCUUUCUCAGAAUUCCCAGCAAAGGUCAUCAUUGGCUCUGAUUGGUUAGUGUGCCCCCCAAUCAGAAUGGCCAUUGGAGGUUGGGGUGGGCUGAUAAAUACACUGAUCUUAAGGCAAUCAAGACCCAUGUGGGAACUGACAGUGGGGUUCAUUCCAACUAAACCCAGGUAGCUUGAGAAUAGGAAAGAGGUGAGUCCAUAGAGAAAAAUCAGGGUGUUAUGUUACCAUUAAAAGGUACCCUAUGCUGGGCAGCACAGACAGUGGAUGCCCUCAAUUCUAGUGAUGUGUUUAGGAAACAGCUUUCUGGUAUCACAUGGGUCAGGCUCAGAUCCAGACAAAGCACUGUGGCUACAAAGUUCCUUGAUUUGUUUAAAUGCCCUUGAUGAUGUUAAAAGGGGAUGGGAGGUACUUCAGUAUAUUCUUUUUCAACUUAGGAGCUCAUCCUUUUUGUAAAUUCGGAACUGCCUAAUACAGGCAAUGAUGAUUGUCUUGAAAUAAAAUCAAGAAAAACAUAUCAAAUGGCAUUAUCUGUAAGCUCUAGAUAAGGAAGUUGGCUAAUUAAAGUAUUUCUCUGAUAGUAGGACUUUACAGAAAAUUAAAAACACUUUCAUUUUUUUGAA